AUGUCCCUCCCAAAGAAUGCAACUAUCGCAGCAAAGCCAUUUAAGAUCUCCAUACCGGACUUGCAGUUAGAUGACUUGUGGACACUGAUACGGCUCUCGAAACUUCCACCCGCAACAUAUGAGGGUACUAAAGAAGAAUAUGGAGUAACUAGCAAAUGGAUGUCUGAAAUGAAAACUUACUGGGAAAACGAUUUUAACUGGAGAGAGCAUGAAUCCGAAAUCAACAAACUUCCACAAUAUACCGCACCGGUCAGAUCAAAAGAUGGAAAAGAAAACACACUUCACUUCAUCGGUAUAUUCUCUACAUUUGAGAAUGCAAUUCCUCUCGUCUUAUUACACGGGUGGCCUGGUUCGUUCGUUGAAUUUCUCGACUUGAUUCCGAUCCUCGCAGCAUCCACCUCCCCUCAUUUCCAUAUAAUUGUACCUUCGUUGCCCGGCUAUGCAUUCUCCUCCGCACCACCAUUGGAAAGUGACUUUACCCUCCAGGAUUGCGCGUACCUUGUCAAUGAAUUAAUGUUAGGGCUUGGGUUAAAACAAUAUGUAGCACAAGGAGGAGAUAUUGGAAGUUUCAUCGCAGAAGCAUUAGCAGUUGGAUACCCGGAGUGCCUAGGCUGUCAUGUAAACAUGCUCCAAAUUUUCAGCCCUCCACCUAAUCAUCCUGUUUCCACCCUUUCCCUAAAGGAGAAAGCAGGAGUCCACCGCGGCCAAAGAUUCAACACAACCGGCAAUGCAUACGCGCUCGAACAUGCUACGCGCCCCAGCACCAUCGGGCAUAUCCUUUCUAGCAGCCCUCUUGCGCUCCUUGCUUGGAUUGGUGAAAAGCUUCGAGACUGGACUGAUGAAACCCCACCAAUUGAGAAGAUAUUGGAGAUCGUGACACUGUGGUGGUUUACAGAGACAAUGCCUAGAAGCAUUUAUGCGUACCGUCAGAUUUUUAUCGAGGAAACAAGGAAUAUGGACGGCAUCGCGUUAACGAACACCAAGUUUGGGUAUUCAAAUUUCCCGAUGGAGCUUAUGCCGGUUCCAAAAGUAUGGGUGGAGACCCUGGGGGAGAUGGUGUUUUUUAGGGAUCAUGACAGGGGAGGUCAUUUUGCGGCGAUGGAAGUGCCGGAAUUGUUGGCAGAUGAUGUGAAAGAGUUUGUCAAAAUUCUUAUCAAUAGGAACUAA